AAAUCCAAAAUCCAAUCUCCAAACUUUGUGGAGUGUAGUGGAGGGAACCAGAGGGGAACUAUAUAUUUGAUUUUUGGCAAUGGAAGAAGAAGAGAAGGAUGCCAUUUUUCUUAAUUGUGGCGGGAAAAUGUCGUAAGAGUCCCUCCUCUUCCACACCCAUUUCCCAUUUACUAUCCCUCCUUUCUCUCUCUCCUUUAUCAAAUCCCCAAAAUAAACCUCUAUUUCUCUCUCUAUCAAUCAACUCUUCUUCUGCUCCAAUUUGAUCCCCCUUCACGGUUCCUCUAUUUUCUGGGUCUCUCAACUGUGAAUGAGAUUCGGAUCCUGAAAAUUGGUGUCGACUAUCGGAAGUGGAGUGUUGGAAGGAUACUGUAUAGUUUGAUUUCGAAUGGCGGAAGUUUUCGAUGAUGAAACCGAACAGACGAUUUCUAUUCAGGAGUAUCUGAAGGAAGUUGAGGAACAGGAGCUGGAAGCGGAUUUAGUUUUGGGAGGUGACGAAGGGAAAGAAUGUACUUACAGCAAGGGCUAUAUGAAGAGACAAGCCAUUUUCUCAUGUCUAACUUGUACCCCUGAUGGAAAUGCUGGAGUUUGCACAGCAUGUAGCUUGUCAUGCCAUGAUGGGCACGAGAUUGUGGAACUAUGGACCAAAAGGAACUUCAGGUGCGACUGUGGAAAUUCAAAAUUUGGAGAUUUCUUCUGCAAGCUGACCUCAAACAAAGCUGUAGAAAAUGCCAACAAUUCGUAUAAUCAUAAUUUUAAAGGAUCAUAUUGCAUAUGCAAUCGCCCUUAUCCUGAUCCAGAUGUUGAAGAGCAGGUGGAGAUGAUUCAGUGCUGUUUGUGUGAGGAUUGGUUCCAUGAGGAACAUCUUGGUCUCAAUUCCAUAGAUGAGAUUCCAAGGGAUGAAGAAGGAGUGCCCCAGUAUGAGGAUUUCAUAUGCAAGGCAUGUUCUGCAGUUUGUUCUUUUCUCUGUCAAUAUCCUUCGUCUAUUUGGGCAGUGGGAAGGCACCCUGAUAUUUCCUUGGACGUUAGCGUGAAGAAUGAUGUUCCAGAACAGACCCUUUCAGUUUGUACGUCUGUAAAGCAUGAUAAUGAUGGUAAUCCCGAUGAUUCUGCUAACGCAGACCUUACAGUAGCUCCAGAAGAAUCUGCUGGAAAAGAUAGCUUUCUUAGUGAACUUCCUGAGAAUAAUUCUUGUUCUAAUGAAACUAUUAACGAAGUCGAUCAAACUGCUAGUUGUGUGCUUGGAACUUCUCAGUCCUCUGCUUCCGUGGUUGUAGAAAACAAGCCAAUGUUUCUUUCAAAGAACUGGAGGGGUGCUUUGUGCAGAUGUGAGAAAUGCAUCAACAACUACAAGCUGAAGAAUAUUAGUUUUCUGCUAGAUGAAGAGGACUCCAUUGCCGAGUAUGAGAAAAUAGCAAAGCAGAAGAGGGAAGAGAAGUUACAGCAACAAGAGGGUGCUGAGUUGAAGAUGUUUGAUAACCUUGGCCAUGUAGAGAAAAUUGAGAUUCUAAGUGGCAUCGCGGAUAUGAAGGACGAGAUUCGUACAUUUCUGGAAUCGUUCGACUCGUCAAAGCCUAUUACAUCUGCUGAUAUACACCAGGUUUUCGAGAACUUAGCUAAAAAGAGGCGUCGUACUGAAUGAGGUUUUCUUAGGAUUGUCAGUAUAUUUCAUGCAUCUAUAAAGGAAAGUAGUCUACAGUUGGUCUAGGAUUUCUCAAGUAGGCUGAAUACACAUCUUGGGCUGCUUUCUUUAGAUUUCUAUGGUGUUAACGAUGGGACUUGAUUUUCUUUGAGAUCUAGAUUAUGCUUUUCAGAAAAAAAAGACUUGUUUUGGUAACCAUGUUAAACUACAGGAGGUGCCGGCCCCGGUGGUCUAAGUUGUAAAGUUUCAGACCCUGUUUCUAAUAUAAGACCCUGUUUCUAAUAUAUUAUGCUAGACUCAGAUUUCUGAUGAA